UACGGUAAAAAACAGUAUUUUUAUACAUUUUGUGUUACAAUGAUCAUACACAAUGUGGUUACUGUGCCCUCCCCUUCCUGUCAAUAGGACCAAUCCUGUAAAACACCAGAUCAAUGAUGGGCAUUAGUAUAGACAACCCUAGAAUCCCUUAUUCUUUUAACAAUUAUUGUAAUCUUUAGGCUUUGGGACCUUUCUAUGUUGCAUUCCAAAGUUACUGGCCGCGCUCCUCUGGCCACGUCCGUGGCCCGCUCACCUCCGAGGACUGACUGGACUCCACCGUUUACUGCACUUGUCAUCCUCAUCAAAUUUUAUUACUUCUUUUUUUAUAUAAAAGACAGCUAAUGAUGUUAUAAAAUUCAUGAUAUUAAAAUUUUGUAAUUACUUCUACAGUUAACACUUUUUAGCUAAUGAGACAAGAUGUGCUAGGCAUCUCUUUAAUGUUUUCCCUUAGUGCUUUCACUUUUAAGUUUUAUAAUUACAUUGAAAUUUUUCUCUGUGAUUAUUUAAAAAACCUUUAACUAGAACCAAGUAACAUUGCAAACAACUUCAAAGGAACAGCCAAUCUGCAAGAUAACACGCUUAAUGACCAGCCUCCACAGUCAAGAAUUCCAGAUUCAUUACCGUUUGAAAGAAAACAAACUGUCUUAAACAAGCAAUCCCUUUACUCUGAGAUUAAGCUCUCUGCUCCAAAACUCUCCCACAAGGAGAAACAGUGUCUCCUCACCUACAUUGUUAAGGUCUACAAGAAUCUUGUUUCUAUAAGGUUGCCUCUCCUUCUAAAUGUCACCUACUCAACCAAGUUCAAACUACACAACCUCUCCCCAAAAGACGAUCCCCGCAUCCCUGCAAUCAACAUAGUGAACUUUUCUCUGAACGGUCUCCAAUGCCAGUGUAUCUUUUCCAAGGCAAGGAGAUCAAAUUUGUUGACAUAGUCCAGGUGAGGUCUGACUAAUGACUUGUGUAAUUUUAGCUACACCUCCUUAUUUUUAGGUAUUUUCUAAUCAACUCAAAUGUUUUGCACAUGCUGGUGGAACUUGAACCAAAGCCUCCUGACUCAGAAAUUAGGACACUACCACUGCACAAGGCUCUACUGAUUUUUCAAUGCUUUAAACUGCCCUCUGUGGGUUGCCCAAGCGUCUGAAGUUUUUAAUAGCACGAACAUCAUUGCUGUCUAAUAAACCACAAGCUCAGACUUGGGUUACAGGUCCUGGUUCUGAAACACUAUUUCAUUCAAAAAUUAGAGGCUGUGAUAAAUUUGGUCAUCUGGUUUGUUCGCCGAAUGUUUCUCUCGUAUGCUUUGGGACUUCAAAAAGGUAGCCAGCCUCCUCCCGGAGCGAGUGCAUACAGAAGCAUCAUGUGGAUUGUUCUGCAGCCCCCUCGAUCACUGAGGUUAGUGUACAGCUGGGCUCUGGGACGCGCAUGAGCGCGGAGUUCCUAUAGUCAGAAGCAGAGCCUGGGGAAAUCCCAUUGUGACGCAUUUGGUAGCGUCAUUCGGCACCGCCUACUAGCCAGCCCCAUGGAAACGGUUCGACGUGUUGCUAGGUACUGAAGCCUCAUCCCUUCUCGCCGCGAAUCGAGCGGCUUCGGGGCUUUUCAAACGAGGUCGGGAAGGUGGAGGCGGGGAAACGAGUGAGACGGUGGGGUCUGAUUGGUCGCUUGUCAUGUCAAUCACAGGGUGGGUUACGUGGGCUCGGCCCUUCAGUUUUCUCCACCGACCCGUCGAUAGGGUUCAGCACCGGGAGAACUGACCUCAAUUGGUCGCUAUAGUAACGGGAAAGACGGUACCAACGUGCAUCUGGGUUCCUCGCAAAUCCCGAUCCGCGACCCUCUCCCACGUGAGAGGAAAAAAAACGUCGAAGCGAUGUCAUUGCUUCGGGGCUGGACGGUGAUGGGCGACCGGGACGCAUCUAUUAGGAGCAGCUCACCUUUGCUGUUGCCGCCUCGGCCUUAAAAAAAAAUGGAGUGCGGGGUCCCCCCAAUCUACCAGCUUCUGUUCCGCGCCUGCGAAGAAGGAAACUUCGAGAACGCCAGGCGGCUGCUGGAGCCGGCACCGCGAGAUGGCGACGAGGAGGAUGAGGAGAAGAAGAAAGAGGAGGUAGAGCGGGGCGAGCAGGCGGCGGGCCCGGACUUCAGGGCCCCGCAGGUGCCCGUCGACUGCACGGACGACGACGGCAACUCGGCGCUGCAGUUCGCGGCCGGCCACGGCCACGAGCACCUGGUGCGGUUCCUGCUGAUGAAGGGCGCCUCGGUGGAUAGUCGCAACCGCUACGGCUGGACGCCGCUGAUGCAGGCGGCCCGCUUUGGGCAGCUGGGCGUAGCGCGCGUGCUGCUGGAACACGGCGCCGACGCCAACGCCGCCAACAAGCUGGGCGCCAGCGUGCUGACGGCGGCGGCGCGCGGAGGCCACGUCGGCCUGGCGCGCGCCCUGCUGGAGGGCGGCGCGUGCCCGGAUGCGGGCGGUGGGGGCCGCCAGCGGCGGGUGGACGAGGGACAGGAGACUGCGCUCGACCCCGCCUUGACACCUCUGAUGGUGGCGGCCCAACAUGGCGCCGAUCCGCUGGUCAGGGUCCUGCUGGAGUGGGGGGCUUCCUGCUCCGGAGCCGCGCCUGCCGGACCCGCCGGCGGCUGGAGCGCCCUGAUGCUGGCGGCCCUCAACGGCGAGCUGGCCGUGGCCCAGCAGCUGGUCGAUGCCGGCUCGGAUCCCAAUCAGACGAACGUGGGAGGGAUGACCGCCUUCGAGAUCGCCUGCGCCUGCAGGCAGAAGGAGAUCAGAGACUACCUGGAUUCCAAGACCACCAAUCGGCCCAAAUCAGAUGAAGACAAAAAGAGACCAGACAUAUUUCAUGCAUUAAAACUGGGAAGCUAUCAGUUGGUGAAGGAGAUUCUUGAUGAAGAUGAAUUUCAGGCCAAUGUCACUAAUGCAGAUGGCGCCUCUCCAUUAAUGAUUGCUGCCAUGACAGGUCAACUAGACCUUGUACAACUUCUUAGUGAGAGGAACUCUGAUAUUGACAAGCAAGAUGGUGUACAUGGAUGGACAGCCUUAAUGCAAGCUACUUAUCAUGGGAGUAAAGAUGUUGUGAAGUACUUGUUGAAUCAAGGAGCAGAUGUCAACCUGCGUGCCAAAAAUGGAGUAACUGCAUUUGAUCUUGUAAUGCUGCUAAAUGAUCCAGAUACAGAACUUGUGCGACUUCUGGCAUCAGUCUGCAUGCAGUUAGAUAAAGAGAAGAGCAAACAAAAAUCCAAGACAAUGCCUCGUUCGAAAAGUAAAGCGUCAUUAACGAUUCCUGUACCCCCAGAAGACAAAGGAGGAUUAAAGUCUUGGUGGAACAGAAUGUCCAACAGAUUUCGAAAACUGAAGCUGACUAGGACACUCAGACAUGGCUUUUCCACAAAUAGGCUUGCUCCUUUUCUAGAUGAAGCUGAAGUGGGAUUGGAUGCAACAAUGAAAGCUAACCUGAAGGAUGACAGCAAUCAUUCAGCAGUGAUCAUGUCUACACCUAAUACUGAUUGCUCAUUGGCUUGGGCGUCAAAAAGAAAGGACAGUGGACUUGACCAUACCAUUGGAGGAAAAGGUGAUGUUCUUCUGUCAACUGCGUUGAGAAACGGUGCACCCUUCACUCGUCUUCCAAGUGACAAGUUGAAAGCAGUUAUUCCUCCAUUUUUGCCUCCGUCCAACUUUGAACUAUGGAGCUGUGACAGGACACGAAUAAACAAAGAGGGCCAGCUGGAUCAUGUUGGGCUAUCUGCACCUCGUCGCCUUGCAAAACCCAAUUUCAACGGCAGUGGUAAUUCUGACAUUACUUCUGUCAGCAGAAUGGGCAGAUCUGUUAAACUUCCUCCUAUUACAAAUCUUACGAGGUGUCCAGCUUCUCCCCCAAACUCUGGACAUUUCAAUUAUUCUCCACAUUCCUCAGGUGGAUCUAAUGGAGUGGUUGGCAUCAAUAGACAUUGCAUCAGUGAACCACAUAACCGCUCAGGAGGAAGUUCAGAUAAUGUCUUGUCACAAAUUGCUGCCCAGAGACGGAAAGCAGCAGGCUUACCUGAGCUAAAAACAAACCGAUCUGAGAUUUUGCCUCACCCAAUCUCUAUCGAAACUAGCCUUCCUGAACUGCCAGUCUCGCCAGCUGAGAGUAACUGCAUUGUACAGAAAUGUGGGAAACAGCGUCCAUCAUCUUGUACAUCAUCAAAUUCAAAGAGCACCUCUCCUACUCUGACUCCAUCACCGUCUCCUACCCCUAAGAGUCCCCAGGGGGAAUCAUCACUAUCCUCAUCUUCACAUCAGCAGUCUAAGAGCAGUGGCGGGUCCAGUAGUGGAACCCUCACAGAUGAAGAUGAAUUAUCCAGUAUCCUAAAAAGGCUAUCAUUGGAAAAAUAUCAACCUAUAUUUGAAGAACAGGAGGUGGAUAUGGAAGCAUUCCUAACACUAACUGAUGGUGAUUUGAAGGAGUUGGGUGUAAAGACGGAUGGUUCAAGGCAACAGAUCUUGGCUGCAAUCUCAGAGUUGAAUGCUGGAAAGGGACGUGAGAGGCAGAUUCUACAGGAAACUAUUCAUAACUUCCAUUCAUCUUUUGGAAGUAGUGCAAGCAAUUCUCGUCAGAAUUUUUUGCAAUCUCCUCCUGCGUGGGUUAGACCAGUUGUAACAUCCGAUAAGAGAUGACCUUUAAUUGGAUGGACUGUUGGGAGAAGGAUGAUUUUCUGCAAAAGCAUGCGUAAACUAAUUUUAAAUCUCAGCAUUUUGGUGCACAUUCACUGCAGCAAUGACUGUGGUUGCAGAUGAUAUGUAAGCCUUAAAAAUUACCACUUCACACCAAGGACUUAUGAAAAAAUCUCAUAACAGCUGUCUGAUCAUA